UGACAGUAACCUUUUUUUUUUUGUUAGAAUUAGGUUGCUUCUGAUUCUGAUAUCGCAGUAAAUAAUAGGGAAAAAAAAAAGAGAAAAAUCAAACUCAAUUGCAGGAGCGGUCAGAAAAAGUACUAGCGGGUUUUCCGGUGCAAGGACGAAUAUGGAAAAGCUGACGCUUGCCACGUGGGGGAAUAGUAACCGUACGAUGGAUAUGUAACGGCGGAGAUCAAGCCUUGAGUUGAUUAGAUUCAUUGAAACUGAAAGAGAACUGUAGAGAAAUGCCCAGAGAGAUCAUUUUCUUGCAUCUUUGUCUUUCUGUCUUUUCUAUCUCUCUCUUACAUUACUGAACAAAAACCGGAGAUUUAUACAACAAGCUAUUCUUUUUGUUAGAAUUUAGAAAGAGAGAGAAUGAGCUGGUUUUGUCAUAAAUGAGGUGAGAGUGUAGCAGAGAGAGGGGUGCAGUUCUCAUGGCGGCGUUGCAGGGGCUCUAAUUCCGUGCAUUAUUGCGGGGAAUUGGAGAGAGAAAGGGGUGGAUGGGGGGUAAGUCAAGGGGAACCAUCCUUCUUUGUGUCUUUUGUUUUCGCCUUAAAUCUUAAAGAUUUUUUACCUCAAAAGCUGGCAAAUAAAAAAAAAAAAAACCAAAGAUCACAAAAGAAAAACAGGCUCUUCUACUAAGUUCUAGUCAUUGAGGGUGAGGGUCAGGGUCAGACAUAGCAGAAACAACAAAGAUCGGGUCAAAACAAAACCAACUAACGCUCACAGACUAACAGUGGUCUUUAAAAACCCACCAGAAAAAGCUUCCACAGUUGAAAACCCAUAAAGACCCCAGGGAAAAUCCAACCAGCUCAUCAUACUAGUGAUCUGGAGGUGGGGGUACUAAAUAGGGUGUUUUUGCUAUGGAUUUUUGGUCCAAAUUGAGGUGGGUUUCAGCUUUUGGGUGCAACAAAUGGCUGGCUUUUUCUAUUUAGGUGGACGAGAAGGAGCAGCUGCAAGCAAACGAGAAGAAGAUAAAGAAGAGAACCUUUAUUUGUACAGAAACGAGGAGAUCUACAACAAAGGGUUUGAGAUAUGGCCACAGUAUUAUUAUCAACAACAAAACGUGAACAACUAUUCGUUUGGAGCGGGUCCUAGCCGAAGAACUAGCGGCUUUAACCUCACUGAUGAGUCGUCUUCGAGAUCAGCAGGGUUUACGGUUAUGAGACAAGGAAGCAUGAACUGCCAAGAUUGUGGAAACCAAGCUAAGAAAGAUUGUGCCAAUUUGAGAUGCAGGACUUGCUGCAAAAGCCGAGGGUAUCAGUGCCAAACUCACGUUAAGAGUACUUGGGUUCCUGCUGCUAAAAGGCGAGAGAGGCAACAACAACUCUUAGCUUUGCAACAACAACAGCAGCAACAAAAUCAACAACAAGAACACCAACAACAGUUUCGAGAGAAUCCAAAAAGGCAGAGAGAGAAUCAAGGUGCUCCCUCUCUUGCCUGCACUCGUUUAUCCCCCGCCACGACAGGGUUGGAACUGGGUCAAUUCCCUCCUGAAGUGAAUUCUCCAGCAGUGUUCCGCUGUGUUAAAGUGAGCGCUAUGGACGAUGUUGAUGAGGAGUUUGCUUAUCAAACGGCUGUGAAUAUCGCAGGGCAUUUAUUCAAGGGAAUUCUCUACGAUCAAGGCCCUGAAAGUCGUUACACCAGUGGCGGUGAAAGCUCCGAGCAACUCAAUCUCAUCAGAGCAGCAGCUGCUACAACCACAACCGCCGCUACUUCGAGCAAUCCAGGAACAAGUAUGCUUGACCCGUCUCUCUACCCAGCUCCACUUAAUGAUUUCAUGGCUGCCGCUUUUCCCCAUUUAUCCGUUUGCUUGCCGGAUUGAAAUGGGACGAGAAACUUAUGUUUCGUGUUCGGCUAAACAAAGAAUUUUAAAACCCUUUUUUUGUCUCUUUAAAUUUUAAUCCCUAAACAAUUCCUGGAGAGAGAGAAAAAGGAAAACAAAGGAAGCGCAUGAAGCAGCUUUACAAGUUCUUCCAUUGGCAAAUGAAAACCUUCUUCCAUUGGCAAAUGAAAACCCUGGCAAUCCAUUCCAAAAAGCAAAACCAUGAAAGACCUCUUCUUCCUCCCGCUCCUUCGUUUUGAGAAUGUACGUAUUUGUAGGUAUAUUUAUAAGUAUAAACAGAUCAAGCUUUAUCGGGCAUUUAUGUCAACAACUUAUCUCUGUAAAGAUAAUCAAAUUCAGCUACUUGAAUAGACGUGCAUGGAUGUGAACCUCUGCUAGAAUUCACAAAUUUUUAAUGCUUCUCCGCAACUUUGUGCAUGUGAUUUAUGUUAUAUUUAGUCUGAGACUGAUGAUAUAGGAUAUGGUACGAGUAAGUUAAUGGAUAUCUAAAGAGAUGCUUCUGUUUGGUAGGCUUCUAGAAUUAUCACAUGGGGAAGAAACGGAAAGAUUAUGAAACUUUCCUAUGUUUAUGUGGUUUCUCACUCAAAACAUGUGCUCUGAUUAUCUAAACUCAUGAAGAUGUUGCACCUUUAACUUGUGAACCCUUUCGAUAUUAGAUGUUGUUUUUGUUGCUUUUAGUUUUGUUAUUGUUUGGAGUAAUGAACUAUGUUUAAGGAAGAUUAUGUAGGCUGUGAUAUCUUCUGAUGCUGCUACUGAUCAGAAAUUAUUCAAUGCAUUUUGACAAAUUGGAACUUUAGUGGAUUAUUUUGUGAUCAUGGAAAUCUU